CGCCUUGCGGAUACCAUGCUUAUGCUUACACGCCGUGCCGCCGCUCUUUUGCUUGUUGGAUUCCAGCCGGCUACUGCUUUUGUCCCUCAUCCUUCGUCCCAGCGGUCGCUGAUUUUAACGACACCGUCAUCGACGUUCUUGGCCGCGGCACCUGGCGUCAUCACUGCGUCGAAGGCGGAUAUUUUGGCGGCGUUGGAUAACCCCAAGACUGUGGUCGUUGAUGCUCGUGGCGUGGACGAAAUCAAAGAAAAUGGACUAUUUCAACCUAGCAAGGCCCGAUGGGUGCACGCACAGUGUACUUUAGAGGAAUGCCCACUACUUUCUACGGCAUCAGAGGCCUUGAUUCCGGACAAAUCGGCUCCGGUAUUAGUAUAUUGUGCAUCUGGCAAACGCGCGACCAAAGCUAAAGAAGUGCUGGAUGCUUUGGGUUACGUCAAUGUAUUAAACGGAGGUUCUUUGGAUGAUUUGGCGUUCGCAAAGAACUAGAGCGAUAGAGAGGACUACGAACACUGUUGGGUGUUCGAACCUUUAUCUGGAGAGCCACAUAGCCACACCGAUAGGUGACUGCAUGGUGCGUUUCGACCUUCAUAUCGUAGUUAACAUGAUGAAAUUUGGACUUCGAGAUAUCCAUUAUUCACAAGCCUUUGUCGAGGAGAAAAUCCAAUUUGCCAACUGUAACUGUCUAGCUCGCGUUUUGAACUUG